AGUGUGUAAAUAGCAACUACUAGAUUUUUCCCCCACUUGGAUUCCCAACCGAAUUCCCAAGUUUCAUCUACAUACUUUUUUUGCCUAGAAAAAUUGGCAAAAAUUUUCCUGAUGAAAUGGGAAAUGGAGAUGGAAGAGAUCGAAGCAGUUCUGGAGAAAAUCUGGGACUUACAUGACAAGCUCAGCGACGCCAUCCACUCUAUUUCUCGAGCUCACUACCUCCAUUCCAUCAAAUCCCAAUCCCUCGGCAAAUCCGACGACGUUUUGCUCCCCCGCAAGAACAAAACCUACUACUCCUUCCACAACCCCAACAACAACAACGAUUCGAUCGGUGAUGGCAAUCAUCGGACCGGCUUCGUGUUCGUGAAGGACUUCCCCGUUGGCGAUGACGACGAUUACUCGGCGAUUCAUGAGGCCAAGAGUCUCGACGCCAUUCGAACCGCCCUCGAGAACCUCGAGGACCAGCUCGAAUUCUUCCACACUGUUCAAAUGCAGCAGAGGGCAGAAAGAGAUGCUGCAAUUGCACGCUUAGAACAAAGCCGGAUUGUUCUUGCAAUGAGAUUGUCUGAGCACCAAGGUAAGAAGUACGAAGUCAUUGAAGAAGCUUUAGCUUUUGUUGGGGAUGUAUGCGAUGCAAGUCGUUUUGUUUCACCUGAUAAUCUUUAUGGUUCCAGUCCACAGCCAUCUGGUGAGAACUUGGUAACCCAUGAAGGGAAGAGAUCAAGUAAUCUCAUCAAAGUUCUCGUAUCGGGUUUCAAUUUUGCUAAAAAUUCCCUUAAAUUGGAUCAAAUGGGUGGGAUAUUGGGCAAUGCUGCUCUGGUUGCAAUCAGCAUGAUUGCGUUGCUGCAUUUGCAGCGAGAACCUUGUAAGGACAGGUAUGCCUUAGAACUCCCACUGAAAAAAGUACCUUCUCGGCUAGAGGGUUCUUCUUCAAGUGGUCGUUUGACACAUUUGGAUGUGUCAUUGGCUAGGGGCUAAGUUUUGAAGAAGGGAUUCAUUUGCAAUCUAUCGAGUAUGAGUUACUCUUAUCGUCUUGAGUGAUGAUUGUAUGACUAAACAACUUCACUGUCUUGAGGUUUUAUUCCAGAAAAUUUGGACGUGUUAGUCAGUCCCUGCUGCUUUUUGUUA